AAUCAAACAAUACAAUAGUAUUGCCGCAUGUAAAGCUUAUUCAGUCUACUUAUUAGGAGCCACUGAGACAUAGUUUAUGGCGAAGAGAGGUUAGUUAUAUAUGCAUGAGAGGAACAUGGAAAGUUAUGUUUCAUGUGAAUAGAUGCCAUUGAACAGGCUCCUAGAAGAUCCUUCUCUGCCAGCAGGGGUUAAAUAAGCUGUCACUGAUGAAAUUCAUGUGUAUGUACAUUCAUGGCCAGUAAAUUACCUAUCAUAUGAACAUGCAGCAUUAGGUCUGAAGAGUCUGCAGAGAAUACUUGUGAAUACUUGUGCCACUUUUAGACACUAGAAAUUACUCUUAUGUUUUCUUUGGUUUUAUAGCCUCAUGCAUAAAGAGCGAGAGAGACUUCAAUUUCAUAUUCUCACACGCCUGGUUGUUACUGUUAAAAUUAUGACUAAUGUCUGUGUCAUUGUAGGAAUGAGAUGAUGUCAGAGCAGCAGUGACUGUUGAAGAUGAGAAGUUAAUUAUGAAGAAAUAUAUAAGAAAUAUAUAAGACGUUAUGCAAGUCGAGAUCCAUCUCGUUCAGGUUGUGAGUAUCCAUGCAUGUUUGAAGAGGUUUGGGAUCAGGAUGGAUGUGGAGGAGACUGGAGCAGGACAGGUGGAGGCAGCGGCCCCAGAGGAAGAGGCACCAGCUCCCAAACGCGGGAGAGGACGACCUCGCAAACAACCACAGGAGCCUGUGGAAACCUCUGCUCCCAGGAGGCCGAGAGGAAGGCCGAGAGGCAGUAAAAAUAAAGGCCAGCGGGUCACAGCCAAAGUAGAGCCACCUAGAGAACGGAGACCUCGAGGUAGACCAAGAAAAUGGCCUCAGAAGACCAUUCAUCAGGAAGAACAGCAGCCUCAUCCUGCGGAGUCAACAGAGGAGCCGCCCAUCCAGACUCUGCCCGCUGAGUUACCAUCACAGGAGAGUGACUAAAACUACCUCAGUGUUGACUUUGCUACUACGUCAGGGGUAAUUCUCCAUCUUAGUGCCUCCACCUACACUGUAAAAAGUGAAUAUGUGCCAGUGCUCAAACUGCACCCAAAAUUGAGGGCUCGCUUUGUGCCCUAGGCAAGAUCAGACUACAUUUGUCAAAAGUGACCCUAAAAUCUGUAUACUUCCAUUACAAGUCUUUAUGGUGAACACAUGUCUGCAAGUUACACUGCCAUUUUCUCUUUUUGUUUAUUAUUUGGAUUCUUAAUGGAACAGUAUACACAAAAAUGAAUAUUAGCUGGAUAUUUAUGUAUCCUCAGGUCAUCCAAAAUGUAAAUGAGUUUGUUUCUUCAUCAGAACAG